AUGAGUGCCAUCUUCGAACCCUCCCCGACCAGCAAUAGCAGCAGAUAUCCUGCUGAGAGGAAGUACUCGGGGUCAAGCCGCAGCAGUAGCAGUGUCAAGGGACCAUACCCCCAGACAGACUUCAAUGACCCCAAUUUGGCCGUCAGGACUCUCAUGGUCUUCCGGUUCCCUCGGGAGGCCCAGGAGGUAGACUUAGCUUGUCGAUUCGGCCGUUUCGGCCCCCUCGAGCACGUCAAGGUUGUUUACGACCCCGUCACUCACUUACCGCGCUGCUAUGGAUUCGUCCGUUUUGUCCAUCGUGCGCACGCCCUGGAAGCCUACCAAGCCUGUGAGGAGCGGAGCAUCUCUAUGGACGACCCUUUCGGACGGACCUGGUUUUUCGAAGUGAAGUGGGCUCGGAAUGCUCGCGCGGCUGGGGAGAUUCCGAGGGGUUCGUCGGACCAGCAAGAUAAUUAUAGCGGCGGGUAUGUACAGUCGUUGGAUAAUGCACUCCCGCAAAACGGUAUCUUCUCGGAACCAUCGGUCUCCACUGCUGAUGCUGCUGUUGCUGUUCAUCCUACCAGACACGACUCGAUGUUGGAUAACAUGGACGACUCCAGUUCUACUGGUGUGCCUCCUUCCCUCAUCGAGCCUGCCCUUCUCGAGCUUGUCAGCUACGAUGAAAGCUCCAGGCCAAUGAUGUCCUCGGAGGAAGCCCAAGAGCUCUUGAGGCAGCUCGAAAAUGCUCAGCAGUCCGAUAUGACCAUCACAGCAACUAGAGAGGACGAGUCGGUUUCUCCCUUUGAAUUGCCUCAUGCGAUUCGCGAGCCCCCAGUUCUCAAUCACUACUUAGACAUUACCACGGAAGCUGAGGAGGCUGCGACCUCGCAGGCGGCGGCUGCAGCUGCAGCAGCUGCAUUGGCGUCUAAGAGGGAGGAUACUUCCCAGGCCGAUCUGGCUCUGCUCAUGGAGACUGUUUUCAAGACUGUGCGUCGCAGCGCCUUGGAAAGGCUACGUAAGGCUAGCGAUGCCUCUACUACUAGUACGCGAUGUGGCAGCAGCAGUUCGACGUCAAUGUUGGGUGAAGUGCUCGAUCAUCCAAAGCGAGAUCCUCGAGUCGGAUCAGGGGAGACUGCGAUGGACGACCCCGCAGCUGUAUCUUAAUCUCGGCUGAUCCCUCAUGAAGUCUGCGACAAGAUACGAAGGCAGGUUCUCUUAUCACUCCGUUUAAUGUGUGACCAUAGCAGUGGAUUACCUUUUUUAUGUAACCUAAAAAGAUCAGUAGAGUUACUUCUCAUAUCUCAUCAUUAACCCUCGUAUCCAUUGAGCCUUCUGAGCCUGUAAACUUGCUGUUAUCGCCUACUACAAGAACGGUUCGAUCCCGAUGCACCAGAUUCGAUCGAAUAUCAUUUUUGUCAUGUGCACGUCGUAUUGGAAGAGAGUGAAGGUGGUGGUGGUUGUUAUUAUUAUUAGAAGAGUGUUUCUUGCUUUUGUCACAUUGCUGAAUCGAGGAUUCCUGUAGGGCCCCAUAAAAGGGUUGUUUCUUCUAGCAGUAGUAGUAUUGUCAUUACUAGUGUUGAGAUAGAUGCCUGCAUAUAGAAGAUAUAUCCAUUCCUCACUCUAUUUAGUCGUUGUCGGGGCAGAAUAGUGUCUACAGUUGAUGGUGUCACUGAUCGUCUCCGGGGUAUCAUGAUUACUGCUGCACGUCUUUAGACUUGGUAUUUUUUUUAAGAUGAUGAGGGUAGCUUUGUCAGGCAG